CCAAGUUAUAAAAUCAAGUACUUUCUAAAGCUCUGACUUCUCUCUAAAAGUAUUCACACUUUCUCUCUCUAAGUGCUGAUCGAGUUUGUCCGAAAGGCUGACUUAGUAACCACAAGGGUGGAAAGGUACUAAGGCCGCACGUCCUGAUUGUUGUGAAGAAAUCAGUCCGUGACAAUACGCACAGAAACCUCACAGGAACAAACAAAAAAAUUAAGACAGAGAGAAAAGAGACGCGAAGAUGGCUUCGACUCCGAAGCUGACCACUACAAUCUCAUCAUCCCCAUCUCUUCAAAUCCUCUGCAGAAAACUCCCGAUCGCAAUCAACCUACCAUCUUCUCCAACCUCUCGUUCCCUCCCUAAAACCUUAUCCUAUCUCUCCUCUCUCCGUCCCCGCGUCGCCUCAGUCUCAAACCACCGCUACUACUCCUCCUCCUCUCGCCGCUUUUCCGUCCGUGCGCAAAACGACAACGGAGCAGACUCGGACCGCCACUACGACUUUGAUCUCUUCACCAUCGGCGCCGGAAGCGGCGGCGUCCGCGCCUCCCGAUUCGCCACGAGCUACGGAGCGUCCGCCGCCGUCUGCGAGCUCCCCUUUUCCACCAUCUCUUCCGAUACCGCCGGUGGCGUCGGAGGAACGUGUGUACUAAGAGGAUGUGUACCAAAGAAGUUACUUGUCUAUGCAUCCAAAUACACUCACGAGUUUGAAGACAGUCACGGCUUUGGUUGGAAGUAUGACACCGAGCCUUCUCAUGAUUGGAGUACAUUGAUUGCCAACAAGAACGCUGAGCUGCAGCGCCUUACUGGUAUCUACAAGAAUAUACUCAACAAUGCUAAUGUCAAGUUGAUCGAAGGUCGUGGAAAGGUUAUAGACCCACACACUGUUGAUGUAGAUGGGAAAAUAUAUACUUCGAGGAAUAUUCUGAUUGCAGUUGGUGGACGUCCCUUCAUUCCUGACAUUCCAGGAAGAGAGUUUGCCAUAGAUUCAGAUGCAGCGCUUGAUUUACCUUCCAAGCCCGAGAAGAUUGCAAUCGUUGGUGGUGGCUACAUAGCUCUGGAGUUUGCGGGAAUCUUUAAUGGUCUUGGCAGUGAAGUUCAUGUAUUUAUAAGGCAAAAGAAGGUGCUGAGGGGGUUUGAUGAAGAUGUUAGGGAUUUUGUUGGGGAGCAGAUGUCUUUGAGAGGCAUUGAGUUCCACACAGAGGAAUCACCUGAAGCCAUCAUCAAAGCUGGAGAUGGCUCAUUCUCUCUGAAGACCAGCAAGGGAACUGUUGAUGGGUUUUCGCAUGUUAUGUUUGCAACUGGUCGCAAGCCUAAUACUAAGAACUUAGGGUUGGAAAAUGUUGGCGUAAAAUUGGCGAAAAAUGGAGCAAUAGAGGUUGAUGAAUAUUCAAGGACAUCUGUUCCUUCCAUCUAUGCUGUUGGGGAUGUCACUGACCGGAUCAAUUUGACUCCAGUCGCCUUGAUGGAGGGAAUGGCAUUGGCGAAAACCUUGUUCCAAAAUGAUCCAACAAAGCCUGAUUAUAGAGCUGUUCCCUGCGCCGUUUUCUCCCAGCCACCUAUUGGAACAGUUGGUCUAACUGAAGAGCAGGCCAUAGAACAAUAUGGAGACAUCGAUGUUUUCACAUCAAACUUCAAGCCAUUAAAGGCUACUCUUUCAGGACUUCCAGACAGGGUGUUUAUGAAACUCAUUGUCUGUGCAAACACCAAUAAAGUCCUCGGUGUUCACAUGUGUGGAGAGGAUUCACCCGAAAUCAUCCAGGGAUUUGGAGUGGCAGUAAAAGCUGGCUUAACUAAGGCCGACUUUGACGCUACAGUGGGUGUUCACCCUACAGCAGCUGAGGAGUUUGUCACUAUGAGGACUCCAACCAGGAAGAUCCGCAAAGAAUCCUCUGAGGGAAAGGCAAGUGUUGAGGCUAAAACAGCUGUCUAGAGAAGGCCGCAAGAGAAUUUGGAUUGACGACAUUGGAGCUCCCUGACAAGGAGCACAUUAUCCGUUAAGAAGAAGCUUUUUUUGGUCAGGAGUGAUCGAGUUCUCUAGCCAACGUUUUUAAGUUAUUUAUGUCGCGUGGAGAUGUCAUAACCAUCGUGCAUACUGUUAAUCGUUUAACAUACACGACCAAAUUCUGAUAUUCGGAAAGUGAUUUUUACGAGAGCUCCUAAAAUUGAAGGUUUUCAAUUC